GCAUUUAUUCACCGUGGCCGCCGCCAUAGCGCACCGGAGCGUUUGUUUACGUUUCCAAUAUCAUUUAUCAUUAAUUAAUAAUAAUAAUAAUAAUUUAUUAUCGUUGUUGUUAUUACGAUAUUUUCUUUGUCUGGCGGCGGCGGUCCGCGUUUUCGUAAUUUUUUUUGUUUUUUCCAUCCGUCUUCCCCACCGCCGUUGCCGAUUUGCGCAGUACAAACAACAAUAAAUUAUUAUUCAUUAUACUCGGUAGUCGAUAUUUCGUCACCGACGCCGCCGCCGCCGCCGCCGCUUACGUCCGCACCGCGCCGCCUCCUUCACCGUCCGACCACCCACAACUUCUCGGUUAUCAGUUAAAUGCGGCGUCYCUCCCGACGCGACCGAUAAACCWUCGAAUCUCGCCGACGACCGCCAGUGGGGACGACCGUGCGAACCGAACACGCUCGCGCCGGCUCUCUUGGCCGUGAUCACGACAUGCUAACGCUGAGUCGCCGACGGUAGGUUACAAUAACUUGAAGCGCGCACGCCAUGCAUCACGGCGGACGACGGACACCUGGCCGGCAUUGAGCACCCACCACGACCGGAGAAACUGCGUCUGAAACGGAGCCUGUGGACACUGAACUACACCAGCUGUGAGUGUGUAUUAUCUAUAAAUAAUUUAAAUUGGUUGUGAACAAUCGAUUGUAUUCAAAAUGGCAGUUCACGGGUCAACACCCAAACGUAAAGAAAUUUACAAACAUGAAGCGCCAUGGCCGCUAUAUAGUAUGAACUGGUCUGUGCGGCCUGAUAAACGAUUUCGCCUGGCUAUUGGGAGCUUUGUAGAGGAAUACAAUAACAAAGUACAAAUUGUGUCAUUAGACGAAGAAGUAUCAGAAUUCAGUCCUAAGAGCACAUUUGAUCAUCCAUAUCCAACGACCAAAAUUAUGUGGAUUCCUGAUAGUAAAGGAGUAUUUCCCGAUUUGUUAGCUACAAGUGGUGAUUAUUUACGAAUUUGGAGAGCGGGCGAACCAGAAACAAGACUAGAAUGCAUUCUUAAUAAUAACAAGAACUCAGACUUUUGUGCCCCAUUAACAUCAUUUGACUGGAAUGAAGUUGAUCCAAAUUUAAUUGGUACAUCUAGUAUAGAUACCACAUGUACAAUUUGGGGUCUUGAAACAACUCAGAUUGUCGGUCGAAUUAAUUCUGUUGCUGGGCAUGUUAAGACUCAACUUAUUGCUCACGAUAAAGAAGUGUAUGAUAUAGCUUUUAGUCGUGCUGGAGGUGGCCGUGAUAUGUUUGCUUCAGUUGGGGCUGAUGGUUCAGUUAGAAUGUUUGAUCUGCGGCAUUUGGAACAUUCUACAAUAAUUUAUGAAGAUCCUCAGCACUCUCCAUUACUUAGACUUGCAUGGAACAAGCAAGAUCCCAAUUAUCUUGCUACAGUUGCUAUGGAUGCAUGCGAGGUUAUUAUUUUGGAUGUCAGAGUGCCUUGUACGCCUGUUGCUAGAUUAAACAAUCAUAGGGCAUGUGUUAAUGGAAUUGCAUGGGCUCCACAUUCAUCUUGCCAUAUAUGUACAGCUGGUGAUGAUCACCAGGCCCUUAUAUGGGAUAUCCAACAGAUGCCUAGAGCUAUAGAAGAUCCAAUACUAGCAUAUACAGCUGCAGAAGGUGAAAUCAAUCAAAUUCAAUGGGGUGCCACUCAACCAGACUGGAUUGCCAUUUGUUACAACAAGUCGUUGGAAAUAUUACGAGUGUAGUAAUAYUGUUGGACUGUAAAUGUUGUAAAUGCAUUAUUAUUAUUAUAUAAUAUACUAGUUUUAUUUUUAUCAAAUUUUUCAAACCAAUAUAAAUUAUUUGACUCAGAUUUUACUAACAAGACUUGCAAAUUUUAUUUCUUACUUAUGAUUUAUAAGAGACCGUGAUUUAUUUUUAUUUAUGAUUAAUUUAUAUUUGUGUUUUCCUGAGUUAUAUUAUUCUAAUAAUUUUUUACAACAUAGUCCAAUACUUUGUAUUAUUAAAAAUUUUAGUAUGGAAUGUAUUUUGUUAACAGCCCGCCAGUAGAUGAAUUUUAGCCUGUAUUUAUGAUGAAGAAUACUCUUAAUAGUAAUAAUGUAUAUUUUAGUGUCGACUUUUGGUUUUUUUUCAAUUGUUGUAAGCUAGAAAAAUAAUUUUAAUAAUAAAUAGUAUAUAUUAUAAAUUUAUUUUUAUUAUUUACAUAGUGGUGGCCAACAMAUUUAUGUUUAAGCAAAUAUUAUGUAAGACCAUUAAUUCGCAAUUUGUAAAUAU